GAAGUGUUCAGGAAGACACAGGGAAACCACUUCAGUCCUCUGCACUGUGCCGUGUAAGCCUUAACUCUCGAAUGCCUAGGCUUAAGCUCAGGGUGCUAACACAGUCUUGUGGGUUCGAUCCCAGUGAGUCACUCGUUUGCUAAGAUUCACAGGUCCUAGUAUGUCUAUGACCACCAAAAUAAAUAUAUGAUCACUAAAAAGGUGUAAUUUGUGUUACAUGGGGAUGUAAAUAAAAUAUUCAAUGAGUGUAAAAGUGUGAUUUGGAAAUGAUGCAGACAAUUACAUUGAUAGAACCCACAAUCUAUCUGCAAUAUUAAAGCUGAUCUACCCCCUAAAGAAAAAAAGUGUUUCCUCUCUGCUGUUUCAGUAUGAAUGACAACGAGGGAGUCGCUGAGAUGUUGAUCAACUCUCUGGGUUCUGCUAUAGUCAACACUACAGACACCAAGGGCAGGUGAGACACAUUAUUACACGCACAUAUACAUUCACUGGACAGUUUAUUAGGUACACCCAUCUAGGACUGGCUCAGACCCCCCUUUGCCUCCAGAACAGUCUGACUUCUUCGGGGCAUCGAUUCUACAAGUUGUCACAAACGUUCCUUGCUCAAUUGGUAUCAAGGGACCUAACGUGUGCCAGGAAACAUUCCCCACACCAUUACACCACCACCACCAGCCUGUACCAGGCAGGAUGGGUCCAUGAACUCAUGCUGCUUACGUCAAAUCCUGACUCUGCCAUCAGCAUGACGCAACAGGGACCGGGAUUCGUCGGACCAGGCAAUGUUUUUCCAGUCCUCAAUUGUCCAGUGUUGGUGAUUGUGUGCCAACUGGAGCCACUUCUUCUUGUUUUUAGCUGAUAGGAGUGGAACCCGGUGUGGUCGUCUGCUGCAAUAGCCCAUCCGUGACAAGGACCGACAAAUUGUUCCGAGAUGCCGUUCUGCACACCACUGUUGUACUGCACCGUUAUUUGUCGGUUUGUGGCCCGCCUGUUAGCUUGCAUGAUUCUUGCCAUUCUCCUUCGACCUCUCUCAUCAACGAGCAGUUUACCUAAUAAACUGUCCAGUAGUGUUUUAUUACACACAAAUUAUUAAACACACACACACAGAAACACACUCACAGGGCUGGCCCUAGACUUUUGGGUGCCCUAAGCGAAAUGUUGCACCUCACGGGCAAAACAUUUUAGUCCCCCCUCUCUUGUCGGUGAAGAGAAGGGGGAAAAAAAGUGUAUAAUGAAUUUCCUGCAAUUCUACAAAUUUUUCCGUGGGGCGCAGAGAAGAUUUAACAAUUUUAUAACUAAUUUCAUGCAAUUCUACUAAUUUUGCAAUGGGGCAGAGAGAACAUUUAGCAGUUUUAUAGUUAAUUUCCUGAAAUUCUACACAUUUUGCCAUAGGGUGGAGAGACAUUUUUGCAGUUUAAAACGAAUUUCCUGCAAUUUUCCAAAUGUUGCCAUGAAUUUUGCCAUGACCAUGUUAAUAUGAUAGCUUAGUGAGAGUAAAUAAAAUCAAUGUGCGCCCCCUGGAGGUCAGGGCCCAUGGGCACGAGCCCUUCUUGCCCGCUCGAUAAUUCAACUAAGUGUAGAUAGCUGGCUAGACUCACUUAACAAUAAAUACAUAAAAAUUGGCCUAAUUUAGCGACUGUCUGUGACUGACAUAACGAGAAAAACUUCUGAUAAACAACCAAAUUUCUAAAUGGCACCUGCUGUAUUCUACUAUUCUAACUCUCAACAGUAAGUUGAGACCCGACAGAGGUUUUUUGGGGGGGGGUUGGGGGCCCCUUAGCGGACGGGGCCCUAAGCGGCUUAUGCCCAGGGCCGGCCCUACAAACGCACACACACACAUACUCUCAGAACGUGAGCUGUGUGUGUAACAGUGUGUGUUGUCACCCUGCUGUAGGUCUCCCCUCCAUGCGGCAGCAUUCUCGGACCAUGUGGAGUGUGUGUCCUUGUUGUUGAGUCACGGUGCGCAGGCGAACACCUCCGACACACACACACGGACCACACCGCUGAUGAUGGCAGCGCACAAUGGACAGACCAACGCUGUAGGUCAGUACACACUCUCUACCCCUCCUCCUCUCGUCCCCUCUACCUAUCCCUCAUCCCUUACCUCUUCUGAUAUAACUGUUUGCUGGUCUCUCUCUCUCUCUCUCUCUCUCUCUCUCUCUCUCUCUCUCUCUCUCUCUCUCUCUCUCUCUCUCUCUCUCUCUCUCUCAUAUAGAGGUGUUGGUGAGCAGUGCUAAGGCAGACCUCACACUACAGGAUACUAACAAGAACACAGCCCUUCACCUGGCAUGUAGCAAGGUAAUACACACACAAGCACCAUACAAUGCCUUGCAAAAGUAUUCAUCCCCCUUGCCGUUUUUCCUAUUUUGUUGCAUUACAACCUGUAAUUUAAAUGGAUUUUUAUUUGGAUUUCAUGUAAUGGACAUACACAAAAUAGUCCAAAUUGGUGAAGUUAAAUGAAAAAAAUAACUUGUUUCAAAAAAUUCUAAAAAAUUCAUAAUGGAAAAGUGGUGCGUGCAUAUGUAUUCACCCCCUUUGCUAUGAAGCCCCUAAAUAAGAUCUGGUGCAACCAAUUACCUUCAGAAGUCACAUAAUUAGUUAAAUAAAAUCCACCUGUGUGCAAUCGAAGUGUCACAUGAUCUCAGUAUAUAUAUACACCUGUUCUGAAAGGCCCCAGAGUCUGCAACACCACUAAGCAAGGGGCACCACCAAGCAAGUGGCACCAUGAAGACCAAGGAGCUCUCCAAACAGGUCAGGGACAAAGUUGUGAAGAAGUACAGAUCAGGGUUGGGUUAUAAAAAAAUAUCAGAAGCACCAUUAAAUCCAUUAUUAAAAAAUGGAAAGAAUAUGGCAAACCUGCCAAGAGAGGGCCGCCCACCAAAACUCACGGACCAGGCAAGGAGGGCAUUAAUCAGAGAGGCAACAAAGAGACCAAAGAUGACCCACAGCGGAGAUUGGAGUAUCUGUCCAUAGGACCACUUUAAGCCGUACACUCCUCAGAGCUGGGCUUUACAGAAGAGUGGCCAGAAAAAAGCCAUUGCUUAAAGAAACAAACAAACAAACAAAAGGCAUGUGGGAGACUCCCCAAACAUAUGGAAGAAGGUACUCUGGUCAGAUGAGACUAGAAUUGCGCUUUUUGGCCAUCAAGGAAAACGCUAUGUCUGGCGCAAACCCAACACCUCAUCACCCCAAGAACACCAUCCCCACAGUGAAGCAUGGUGGUGGCAGCAUCAUGCUGUGGGGAUGUUUUUCAUCGGCAGGGACUGGGAAACUGGUCAGAAUUGAAGGAAUGAUGGAUGGCGCUAAAUACAGGGACAUUCUUGAGGGAAACCUGUUUCAGUCUUCCAGAGAUUUGAGACUGGGACGGAGGUUCACCUUCCAGCAGAACAAUGACCCUAAGCAUACUGCUAAAGCAAUAAUCGAGUGGUUUAAGGGGAAACAUUUAAAUGUCUUGGAAUGGCCUAGUCAAAGCCCAGACCUCAAUCCAAUUGAGAAUCUGUGGUAUGACUUAAAUAUUGCUGUACACCAGUGGAACCCAUCCAACUUGAAGGAGCUGGAGCAGUUUUGCCUUGAAGAAUGGGCAAAAAUCCCAGUGGCUAGAUGUGCCAAGCUUUAGAGACAUACCCCAAGAGACUUGCAGUUGUAAUUGCUGCAAAAGGUGGCUCUACAAAGUAUUGACUUCGGGGGUGACGAAUAGUUAUGCACGCUCAAGUUCAGUUUUUUUGUCUUAUUUCUUGUUUGUUUCACAAUAGAAAAUAUGUUGCAUCUACAAAGUGGUAGGCAUGUUGUGUAAAUCAAAUGAUACAAACCCCCCAAAAAUCUAUUUUAAUUCCAGGUUGUAAGGCAACAAAAUAGGGAAAAUGCUAAGAGGGUGAAUACUUUCGCAAGCCACUGUAUAUUGUUAAUCAAAUCACUGUUUGUUAAAUGUUUUACCCUCUCUCUAUCCAUCUCUCUCUCUCUCUCCAUCAGGGCCAUGAGACUAGUGCGUUGUUGAUACUAGAGAAGAUAUCAGACAGAAACUUUAUCAACUGCACCAACACUUCUCUACAGACGUAUGUACCCUGAAUGAUUUUCACAAAUGGAACACACCACAACACCAACAUAUACACAGUGUUAUUAGUUAGCAUGUUAUUAGGCUAGUAUGACUUCACUCGGCGUGCGUGUCUGUCUCUCACCCUCUUUCUCCUCUCUCUCACGACCUCUCUCAGGCCCCUCCAUGUAGCAGCUAGGAAUGGUCUGACUGUAGUGGUUCAGGAGCUGCUGGGGAAAGGAGCCAGUGUUCUAGCGGUGGAUGAGAAUGGUCAGUAUCAUAAUACUGUCACAAACACACCCUCAAACGCUCAUACAUACUGACACGCAAGCAUACAUACAUACACACACACACACACACACACACACACACACAUACAGGCCGGUCCUGGCCAAUAUGCCGCACAAGGCGAGACCCCAAAAAUUGCCGCCCUCCUCUUAUACCCGCAAAGUAGUUUAGUAGACUAGGCUAUAGCCUACAACAGGGAUCAUCAACUAGAUUCAGCCGUGGGACCAUUUUCUUCUUGAGCGGAUGGUCAGGGGGCCGGAACAUAAUUACAAAUAAUUUGUAGACUGCAAAUUGACCGCAAGAAGCCCAAACGGAUAUCAUAUUUUACUAAACACAAUCAUUUUUAAACCUUGCUUACAUUUGUUUAUGAUCACAUAUCUCUCUAUUAUGUGUAGGAAUACUUUGGAACAGAUUUCCAAAAUAAUAAAAAAUCUGAAAACUUGGGGGGCCGUCAGUUGGGGAACCCUGGCCUACAGUGUCGGCCCGCAAUGCACUUUUAUGAAUGCCCGUCCAUGUGGAAGCCUACCGUUUGUAAAACAUGCAGUUGCGUUGGCUUUAUAGUCCUGAUACCUGACAGACUUGACUAAUAAUUUUUGUAUAUGGGAAUUUAAUCGCAAAAGGUAUUUUUAUGUGCACUAUGUCAUCACACACAGUGUUUUGUUAACGAUUCUGUGGUGGGAAAAUGCGCUCAUUUCUUUUCCUAAGUGAAUCUGAAAAUAUUCGCAUGAAAAUCUGUCGCCAAUUGGAUGGAAACCUAGCUACAGUAUUUAUGUAUUUUUUUGUCCAACACUCACCCCCUCGAUAAUCACCAAGCCGCGGUGUGAAAGAGCAAAAUGUCAUGCUCUGAGGAUCCCAUAUAUCCAGUGGGAACGUCAUAAAAUACCUGAACACUUUUCCCUUGCGCAAAACAGCUGUGUCUGUCCCAAGCUCACUGGUGCAAGAAACUCUUAGGGCCCAGCUAGUUGUUGCAAGUUUGCUAUAGUGACCCCUUUGGGACAUACCCAGUUGAUUGAUUUUAUAUAAUGUUGCACUUCAUUAGCAAAUGCUCAAAUCAAGACCGAUAGCAAGGGAGGCAGACAGGCGGAGUAGAGAGUUGAAUACGAUUGAAAGAAACUGCAUUUGUCAGCUUUAUGUAUUUUUACUUAGUUGACAAUGAAAGUUAUAGGCCUACUCUUGCAUUGGCCUAUAGGCAAUCUCUGAGUUCCAUGUGCUCAUUUCUUUAGCUGCCAAUAGCUCACGGUGUAUCAAUGUGUCAAUAUGGCAGAUGCUGGUGCUCUCGCAUUAGUUUAAUUUUAACUUUUAGAUUUUUAUUAUUAACCACGUGACAAUGAUGUUGAGAAACAAAAUGUUAUUAUUAAAAUGAAACUGUUCCAACUCUAUCGGCAUAACAUUAUCUUGGAAAAUGCAGUUCGUAUUUUCUUCACAGCCAUGAUCAGCUUAGAAAUUGACUAAUUGCCUAAUUUCAUUCCAAAUGCUAUUGUCCAUUUUACUUUGACCUCUCCUGUUUUUAGGAUGUGGUGUGUUUGUUAACAUGUUAAUUAAUAUUCACAUCGAAGCGAUUUUUUUAGUUAUAAAAAAUAGGGCGCCAUUUCGGCUAUUUCAUUGGAAACACGCAUGAUUUAGGCCUAAAAAGUGUCUGUAUCGUGACAUUGUCAUAAAUUUGGUCUCCCUGUAGGCUACAGAAAAGGCCACAGAGGCUACAGUUGAAGUCGGAAGUUUACAUACACCUUAGCCAAAAACAUUUAAACUCAGUUUUUCACAAUUCCUGACAUUUAAUCCUAGUAAAAAUUUCCUGUCUUAGGUCAAUUAGGAUCACCACUUUAUUUUAAGAAUGUGAAAUGUCAGAAUGAUAGUAGAGAUAAUUAUUUAUUUCAGCUUUAUUUCUUUCAUAACAUUCCCAGUGGGUCAGCAGUUUACAUACACUCAAUUAGUAUUUGGUAGCAUUGCCCUUAAAUUGUUUAACUUGGGUCAAACGUUUCGGGUAGCCUUCCACAAGUGGGUCAGCAGUUUACAUACACUCAAUUAGUAUUUGGUAGCAUUGCCUUUAAAUUGUUUAACUUGGGUCAAACGUUUCGGGUAGCCUUCCACAAGCUUCCCACAAUAAAUUGGGUGAAUUUUGGCCCAUUCCUCCUGACAGAGCUGGUGUAACUGAGUCAGGUUUGUAGGCCUCCUUGCUCGCACAUGCUUUUUCAGUUCUGCCUACACAUUUUCUAUAGGAUUGAGGUCAGGGUUUUGUGAUGGCCACUCCAAUACCUUGACUUUGUUGUCCUUAAGCCAUUUUGCCACAACUUUGGAAGUAUGCUUGGGGUCAUUGUCCAUUUGGAAGACCCAUUUGCGACCAAGCUUUAACUUCCUGACUGAUGUCUUGAGAUGUUGCUUCAAUAUAUCCACAUAAUUUUCCUUCCUCAUGAUGCCAUUUAUUUUAUGAAGUGCACCAUUCCCUCCUGCAGCAAAGCACUCCCACAGCAUGAUGCUGCCACCCCCGUGCUUCACGGUUGGGAUGGUGUUCUUCGGCUUGCAAGCGCUGGCUUUUUCCUCCAAACAUAACGAUGGUCAUUAUGGCCAAACAGUUAUAUUUUUGUUUCAUCAGACCAGAGGACAUUUCUCCAAAAAGUACUAUCUUCGUCCUCAUGUGCAGUUGCAAACCGUAGUCUGGCUUUUUUUGGCGGUUUUGGAGCAGUGGUUUCUUCCUUGCUGAGCGGCCUUUCAGGAUAUGUCGAUAUAGGACUUGUUUUAGUGUGGAUAUAGAUACGUUUGUACCGGUUUCCUCCAGCAUCUUCACAAGGUAAUUUGCUGUUGUUCUGGGAAUGAUUUGCACUUUUCGCACCAAAGUACGUUCAUCUCUAGGAGACAGAACACGUCUCCUUCCUGAGCGGUAUGACGGCUGCGUGGUCCCAUGGUGUUUAUACUUGCGUGCUAUUGUUUGUACAGAUGAACGUGGUACCUUCAGGCGUUUGGAAAUUGCUCCCAAGGAUUAACUAGACUUGUGGAGGUCUACCAUUUUUUUCUGAGGUCUUGGCUGAUUUAUUUUGAUUUUCCCAUGAUGUUAAGCAAAGAGGCACUGAGUUUGAAGGUAGGCCUUGAAAUACAUCCUCAGGUAGACCUCCAAUUGACUCAAAUGAUGUAAAUUAGCCUAUCAGAAGCUUCUAAAGCCAUUACAUAAUUUUCUGUAAUUUUCCAAGUUGUUUAAAGGCACAGUCAACUUAGUGUAUGUAAACUUCUGACCCACUGGAAUUGUGAUAGUGAAUUAUAAGUAAAAUAAUCUGUCUGCAAACAAUUGUUGGAAAAAUUACUUGUGUCAUGCACAAAGUAGAUGUCCUAAACGACUUGCCAAAACUAUAGUUUGUUAACAAGAAAUUUGUGGAGUGGUUGAAAAACAAGUUUUAAUGACUCCAACCUAAGUGUAUGUAGACUUCCGACUUCAACUGUACAUACUCUUUCUACCGUAUAGGCUAGGCCAGGGUUACCCAGCCCUCUCUUCAGGCCUGAUUCAAUUAGUCAACUAAUCAUCAAGCCUUUGACUAAUUUAAUCAGGUGUACCAGUUUAGGGUUAAAGCAAAAAUGUGAAACGUCUGGGGGGGGGUUGGGUUGGGAAACCCUGGGCUAGCCUACAUGAUAUAUGUUAGAUUACUGACAGAGCAUUGUUGGAGCAGUGCUGCGUCUCCAACAGCACCAUGGGGAGGCACGCUGGGCAUGGACAAGAUACAUAUUUUUCCUUUGGCAAAGUGGAAACUGCUUAUCUUGGACCGGCAUCAGCACUCACUUUAAUAGCCCAUAUGCCACUGGGUGAGAGAAGUUUUCAUUGUUUUGGGGCAGAAUUAUGUGAGGUGUUAUGUUGUUGGGGGUGUAUUGGUCAGUUUACCUUGGAAAAUGCUGCCCUCGUCAAUCUGCCGCCUAAUCCUGCCUAAUGGGGGGGCCUGCCCUGCACACACUCACCCUCCCUUUCUCUCUCCCCCCUAGGUUAUACUCCAGCCCUGUCCUGUGCACCUAACAGAGAUGUAGCCGACUGUCUCACUCUCAUUCUUAACUCCAUGCUGCCCGCCUCUCCCCUGGUCUCAAUAGCAACGCUUCAUGCUUCCCCUCGUGUCACCGUGGCAACGCUUCAAUCUGUCAAUCACUACUCCAACCACCAAUCAAAAGGAGUAGCAUUUGAGUCCCCUCCCCCUCUGAGGCCUGACCACACCUCUUACUGCAGGCAGGACCGCCUACUCUGUGUUUCCCCCGACGACGAUAACGAAUUUAACGACUCUGAUUCUGAGACCUACUGA